GCCCAUCCAUUUAUUCAGAACCUUUGCUUCCUCCAUUUUUCCUUUCUCUGUUUCCUCUGCCUGAACUGAUAUUACCAAUUUACCCCUGAAAACCUUCCUUUGCCAGACCUAUACCUCCUCUCCCAGAUCCAUUUCAGUCCCGGCCUCCAUUCUAGGGUUUUGCCAUUUCCGUUUUCUGCGAUCUGAUUCGUUUCCACUUCGCACCGAUUUCACAACAGACGCUGUGACGAUCGAGUAACUGCUUCCCGAUUCCGAUUUCGUUGACUUUAUCGAGGGUUUAAGAGCUCCGAUAACGAACCGGAUUCACGGUUUCCGGCGUAGCUGUAGUUUGAGAUAUGUUGGGGACGGGAUUACAGGUGACGCGUGCUCGCGGCGAAGAUCGAUUUUACAAUCCGGCCAGAGCGCGCAGGGCUCACCAGAACCAGAAGGCCGCCGAGCAACUCCGACGAGCUCAGAGCGACGUCACGUCCAGUCAAUCGCAUGCGAUUAAAGGCAGCAGCAACCUGAACCGGGAACCGGAGAACCGGGCCGGGCCGGUUGAGCAUCAUCCCAAACCGGUGGCUGUUCCAGCUGGCGAGCCGGUGGUUAAGCCGUUGAGUAAUCUCGAGCGGUUCUUGCAGUCCAUUACGCCCUCAGUUCCUGCUCAGUAUCUCUCUAAGACGACGAUGAGAGGAUUGAGUACAUGUGACGUGGAGUUUCAGCCGUACUUUGUUCUUGGUGAUCUGUGGGAGUCGUUCAAGGAGUGGAGUGCUUAUGGUGCCGGAGUGCCGCUGAUUUUGAACGAUAGUGACUCUGUUGUUCAGUACUAUGUUCCUUAUUUAUCCGGUAUUCAAAUAUACGGCAACUCUAUGAAGGUGUCCUCUAAGUCAAGGCGACCAGAUGAGGAUAGUGACAGUGAUUUUAGGGAUUCUAGUAGUGAUGGUAGCUGUGAUUCUGAAUCGGAUAAAUAUUUGAGGAAGCAGCGGAAUCAUCAAAUGCUGUCUAGUGAAAUUCCUCAAAGGUUAGAAAGAAUAGCUCUGAGAGAUCAGCAUUAUCCACUUCAUGAGGACUGCUCUAGUGAUGAGGGUGAACCUGUAAAUUCACAAGGUUGCUUAUUAUUUGAGUAUUUUGAACGUGAUGUUCCUUAUUGCCGUGAGCCUUUAGCUGAUAAGAUAUUGGAUCUUGCGUUUCGUUUUCCGGAGCUGAAGACAAUAAGAAGUUGUGAUCUACUGGCUUCCAGUUGGAUUUCUGUUGCAUGGUAUCCAAUUUACAGGAUUCCAACAGGACCAACUUUAAAGGAUCUUGAUGCGUGCUUUCUGUCAUACCAUUCCCUUUUUACCCCUAUGGGAGGUGUACAGGAUCCCCGAGCUCCUGUAGUGACAUAUCCUAGUGAUAUGGAUGGUAUCCCUAAGAUGUCAUUGCCUGUAUUUGGUCUUGCUUCAUACAAGUUCAGAGGGUGCUUGUGGACUCCUAGUGGAGGAUUGGAACGACAAUUAGCGAACUCCCUCUUGCAGGCCACUGAUGACUUUCUAAGGCUGCUUCAGGUCAAUCAUCCAGACUUUCUGUUCUUCAGCCGUCGAUGAUAGACUCAAAUGUGAUGCUGCAGUUGCUCUAAUAGUCGAAGCCUGUUUGCUUUGUUAACUGGUUCAAAAGUUGCUUGUUUGCUGUAUUCGGUGAAACUCAAGGUGGCAAGUUGGUUUUCGGUGAUUCUCUGUUUUGGGUUUCUCUCAUUUACUGAAAAGAGAAAGAAAAAAAUAGAAAAAAAAAAAAAAUUGAAUGAAACUUAUAGAAAGUGGACCUUUGGGCAUGUUAUGCUGGCUGUGUUAAGGCUCAGCAAAAGGUGAAUAGAGGAAAUAUAGAGUUAGAUAAGCUAUAGAUGGGCUAGUUAAUCAAAGUUGUUAGCCUAAGCAAGUUCAUCUUGCUUUGUUUUCCAUAUGUAUUAGCAAGGGUAUAUUAUGAAAAUACCAGGCUCUUUUUUAAUGUCCUGUUAAGUUUAGUGUGGGGAUUUUGAUAGAUGCUUUGUAAGUGUUAGCUUCAGGUUCCCCAAAUUUGUACGAGUCAUAACCUUGAUUGUGUUAUGAAUUUUAGUAACAGUUAGACCGAGUAUUAUACAUAAUCUGUUUUUGUCAAA